UAGGUGCGGGAAUGGGCUCCGACUUGGUCAACAAACCUCCGCGUGACCACGGGAAGCUGGUAUAAGGGCUCGGAGGGUGGAAGGGAGACAGGGAGAAGAAGAGGGAGUUGGGAAGGAAGGAAGGAAGGAAGAAGGAAGAGAUGAAGUCCGUCAGGACUUACCCCAGGGCUGAGCCCAGGAGGACAGGGAACGCCUUCAUCAUAGCAUCCAUGCUUCUUUCUCUCUGCAUCCUCUCCUUCGUCAAGGCCCGCUAUUGUUCGGCUCCAUACGCCAAGUCGCAGGCGUCUACGGAUAUAGAAAUGAACAUGGAAGCUAUAAGGAUGGUGACAGCCAGGAGUGCCGACCAUGCUCUAAAAGGGAUCGGUGAUGAAGAAGGUAGCACGGUGUCAAUGGGCAAGGCGAGUGAAGAGAAAGCUGUUGCGGACUCGAAGAAACCCAUCUGCUCCGAAACAAGCCGGAGAUCGAAUGUUUGUGAAGCAGAAGGUGAUAUAAGGGUGAAAGGAAGCUCUCAGACCAUCUUCUUACACCCUUCCUUGACUAGCCAAGAAUGGAAGAUCAAACCUUACGCCCGAAAGCACGACCAGGCCGCCAUUGCCCAUGUAAAGGAAUGGACAAUUAAGCCGUUCACAGAUCAGGAAACACGCCCAAGAUGCACCGAGAAUUAUACGGUGCCGGCGGUGGUCUUCUCGAUCGGCGGGUUCACGGGGAACCUCUUCCACGACUUCACCGACGUGCUAGUCCCUCUGUUCAUCACCUCCUACCGGUUCGGUGGCGAGGUUCAGUUCGUCAUCUCCGACGCGAAAUCCUGGUGGCUGAGCAAGUUCAGCUUGAUUCUGAAGCAGCUGUCCAAGUACGAGGUCAUCGACGCCGACAACGACCAGGACGCGGUGCGGUGCUUCCCGCGAGUGAUCGCGGGCCUGAGCUUCCAGAAGGAACUCGGCGUCGACCCCUCGAGGACUGCCGGCGGGUUCUCCGUGGUGGACUUCAAGGAGAUGCUGAGGAACGCGUACGGACUGGAGAGGCCGAGGGCGGAGCCGUCGGGGGACGAAUGGGACUUGAGGAGGAAGCCCCGGCUGUUGAUCAUAUCCCGGAAGAGCUCCCGAGCGUUCUUGAACGAGAGGGGGAUGGCAGACAUGGCCAUGAGCCUGGGCUUCGACGUGAGGAUCGCCGAGCCGGAGAUAACCACCGACCUGGGGAAGUUCGCGAGGCUGGUGAACUCCGCCGACGUGAUGAUCGGAGUCCACGGCGCCGGGCUGACCAACAUGGUCUUCCUCCCCGCAGGAGCCGUGUUCAUCCAGGUGGUUCCCAUGGGCAACCUGGAGUGGCUGGCAAGAGACACCUUCCAGACGCCAUCACCGGAGAUGCAACUCAAGUAUUUGGACUACCGCAUCCAAGCGGAUGAGAGCACGCUCAGCGAUCAGUACCCCAAGGAUGACCCCGUGUUCACGGAUCCUCAGUCGAUCCACAAGAAAGGGUGGCAUGAGCUGAGCAGAGUAUACUUGGACAACCAAAACGUGAAGCCUCAUCUGGGAAGGCUGAGGCUAACAUUGUUGGAAGCUCUCAAGUUCCUGCCUCACACCCGGACGACGACCGCUCGGUGACUGCUCUGCUCGCACCUCUUCUUCUUCCUUUUUCUUCAGAACUUACAAUUCAUUGUUUCGUUGUAAGAACGUAGAGAAUUAAACCUUAGUUCGUUUGUCUAAACCGGAGUAUAGUGAUGUUUACACUUUGUGAUAGUCACCAAUAAUGAGAGUAUAGUGAAUCAAAAUGAUUUCAAGUCCAGAAAUUUCCAUUCGAUUCGAUCA